AAAGAGGUGUGUCAAUAUCCAAAGUAUUACUUUUAACAAAUGUACUAUUGUGUCAUAUUAAAGAUAAAUUUAAUGAUAAUAAGUUACCCGAAGUAAUUCAUACAAUGCUUGCCCAAAUGAUCACCAAAGCCGAAAAAAAAUUUCAAGGUAUUGAAAAUCAGCAAGUUAUUACCGGAGCUACUCUUUUAGAUCUGCGUUUAAAAAAAAAAGGUUUUGUUAAUCAUUUUACAUAUCAACGUACUAAUGACAGGAUUGCACAACGAGUAGCUGGAUUUAUUUUGUCAAAGCAACAGAAAGAAAUACAUCAAACAGAUAUAGAACAACAGGACCACUCGAACGAUAAUAGUCAAAGUGAAACUGAAGCCGUAGACAUUUGGAAACAGUUUGACUCUCAGGUGGUAACUUUAUCAAAAAAAAACUCCUACUAGUGAAGCGAUUAUUGAGUUAGAUAGAUAUUUGAAUGAGCCUAUUAUAGAAAGAAAGUCGGAUCCUUUAUUAUGGUGGAAUGAGAGGAAAAUGAUGUUUACUAACUUAUUUAAUCUUGUAUUG